AUUAUAAAUGUGGUAGUUUAGAUGGUUGGUCAGAUGUUUUGAAAUUUCGUGCUCUCCCAUCUCAUCCUUAUUGGUCACCUAAAAUAGCAGUUUAUGGAGAUAUGGGGACAGCUGAUGCACUUUCACUACCCGAAUUAAUUCAUCAAGUCAAAGAUUUAAAUAGUUAUGAUGUGGUAUUACAUGUUGGUGAUUUCGCCUAUAAUAUGGAUUCA